AUGGACCCUCCGCUCGCGACCGGCCCUACCACCAACUUCCUGGUAAACAACCACCCUUUCACAAACGGCAUGGCAAACUUCGCCAGUGCCCAUCCAGUGAACUUCUCCCAAGACUUCAACUGUUUUUCUUCUCCCGGGCCCAUCGUCGCUCCAGUACCAGUCUCUAGUGGUAUACCGGUCCAUACGCCAAAUCCAGCAUCGAGUAUGAAUCUCGAACAUCGGCUAUCCCCAUGGCCAUACAAUACCCUUGAAACUCGCACAGAGUCACCAGUUGAGCAUCAUGCAUAUGACUUCGCAUUCUCGGCCGUACGGAAUCCUUCCGAAUUCACAUCCCAAGGCACCAUGAACUUCGUGGGGGUUGAUUGUGCCCUUCCAGCCGGGUCACGCCAGCACGAUCAACCUCAGGGCAAUCUUUCCGGGUUAACAUUUGUGAUGGAGGACGGAAUAAGGCCGGCCCGUCAUCGCGAAUCGCGAGUACAGACCAAAGAGGAAUCAGACGAGAGGAGAGAGAAAAACAAGAAGCUAAAGGAAAUGGGAGGGACCGUUGUCAGCUUCUGCCAAGAUAACGGCGAAGCGAUAGAUGUCUGGGUCGUGAAUGUGGCCGACCUUGACGCUACAAAUAUGAACACUUCCAGCGACCUGAGCCAACAGCUAAUUCUUACGAUCCUGAAGUGCAUUCAAUCUGAAGAAAUGGAUAAAUUUGAGAUGCAAUUCCAUGGCAGCUCUCUUGUGCAGACAGCUGUGACCAUGCACAAGCUGCUUUCGGCGAUUUUGUGCCUCUCUAAGACGCAGGUACACAUGCGAGCGACUGAUGUAGAACAGACAAGGAUCGUGAUGUUCUACAUGCUGGCUCUCUGCCUACGAGGACUCUGCGAGUUCUCAGACGAGCUGGGUUCCGAAGCUUACAGCUUGAUCAAACAGAAGAUAGAUUGCGACGGUGAGCCUGCUGGCAUGAAGAACGACUGCAGCGGUUCAAACUGCGUCAAUCCAGUUUGGGUCGCUGUCGGCCUUUACCACCGAGUCCUGGAAGCCCUUUCCCGCUUUGAGUUGCCACAGCCAAUGGCUAGCAUAUUUGCUGGGGUGAAAACUCGCUCAGACAUGGUUCUCUCCAACACCUCUUGUGUGAAGGAGAAGACCCCGCACAUAUUCGGGUCAAAGUUGGAGAAAGACAAAAUGGAGGCCGAGAAGAAGGUGUUCUUUGAGAAACAUAUCCCGCCUGUCUCCUGUCGUCAAUACUUCAACGUCGCGAUCUGGUCACUCCCUUUUGAUCAGAAACUGCCACCCACAGCCAUUCACAGACAGGCCCAUCUGUUCUCGGGUGUCUCAUACGACGCUGAGUUUCUUCUUGACGAGAGUUUCUGGCAUUCAACUCUUGCCGAACCUUUCGCCGAAAGCCAGCCUCAAGAUUUAUCGCAGAUAUUGGGCAGUGGGGACGACUGGGAGAAUUUGGAAGCAGAAUUAUCACAGAUUCAUCCCUUCGAUGAAGGCCUCAUGGACUUUGAGGCAUUUGGAAGUAACACGCUAGUGGGUGACUGGUUGACCCCUUCCCCAACCGAUUCCUGGGGUGGAACGAUGAUAGUCAAUUCGGCUCAAUCUAGUAUGAUUGGAAGCUAUUAG